AAAUGUGUUUGUUUUAUUUGGAACAGAUUGAGAAGUGCCCGUUGCAGUUACGUGGCCAAAGAAUGCUGUUUGGUGGGACACAGCAGUGUACUUGUGGCUUUCAUAACCCAAAGCCAACCACUGGACAAACUGUGGCAGAGACCUCUACCUGUGCUGCCCCUCCCCCACUGGGAACAGCCUCUACCUCAGCCUCUGCCUCUGCCCCUCCUCCACUGGGAAUGGCCUCAGCCUCUGCCUCUGCGUCAGCCCAUGUCCCAGCACGGCCCACACUGACUUUCUCCAUGUUUUCUAAACCACGAUUUGGAGGCUCACAUGGCGCUGCUGCAAAGCCCAAUGUGAAUGUGGUUAGGAAAGCAAAGUCUCUGUCCAGUCCACCCACCAUGACAGGAGACACCCAGGCCACUGCCAGCUCACCUACGGCCUCUGUGAGGACCACCCCACCAGGCUAUGCUGCUCCUGGCCCUGCUCCUGGUCCCACUCCUGACUUCUGGCUUCCUGCUCCAACACCGGACCGUUUUUUUGCCCACAGGCUCUUGUUAUGGAUGCCCUAUCACUUGUGGAAAGUGAGGGUAUUCUGCCAAACCUGUGGGAAGCAGCUGACGGGGUAUGGUGUGCACAAGAGGGUGCGGAAGGUCCUGGACGUGGACCGGUACUACCUGAUGGUGACGGAGACACUCAGGUGCACUGUGUGUCGCCUGACCCAUCUGGCAACCAGUCAGGCUGUCCUGGACCAGCUGGACCUGCCUCACAGGAGGAAGUUCAGGAUGAUCCUGACACGCUUGUAUGCUUGUGACAUACGGGUCAUCCGCAUGUUGCGGGAACGGACCCUCGGCAACAGCCCGGCGUGCUUGGUGAAACAGCUGCGGGAGAACCAUGGGGAGGAGUGGUUGGACCGCCUGGCCGACUACUUGGGGGAGUGUGCGGCCUUUGUUGACCAGCCCAGCCUCUUCCCAGUCACCUGCCAGGAGCCUCCACAGCCACUCGAUGUCCCAACCAGCCGGUGGGUGCUGUCGGUGUACGGGAGGAACAUCAUCAGCCGUAUGGACCAUAUAAAGGCGUCCAUCACGUCAACCUUUGGGUCCAUUUUAAAAAUGGACUCCACCAAGAAGAUGACAAAGAAGCUGGCUGGUGCAGCAAAGGGGACUGCUUUCUGGGUGACCUCGGUGGGGAACGAGAUCGGCCAGGUCCUCGUCAGUGUCCUGACUGCCCAGGAGGGACCGGGGCCGGACCCGAUGGUCUCUGGUCUCAUUGAGAGGUACACCCAGGCAGGUGCAGCUCCCCCGGUCCUGCUCUAUGUGGACUGUGGCUGCUGCUCGGAGGAGGGGGAGACCAAGCUUCAGGCCAGGUUUGGUGGGUGGCCAGACCUGAAGAUAAGGCUGGACAUCUGGCAUUUUAUGCGGCGGCUGGCCAUGGGAUGCACCACCGAUGCCCAUGCCCUGUACCCCCUCUUUAUGAGCCGCCUGUCUGUGUGCCUCUUUGAGUGGGAUGCAGCGGACGUAGCCCUACUGCGCAGGGUGAAGAGGGAGCAGCUCAGAAGGGAGGGUGUGCCCCUCAUCACCAACGACAUGGUGGACAAGGCCAUCACCAAGGCUGAGCUGUCCCAGUUCUGCAGGCAGAGGACACGUGGAGUGGACGCAACGGUCCUCCGCAUUGAGCAGCUGCUGCAGGAGCUGAUGGGGGAGAAGGGGAGAGACCUGCUAGGAGUUCCGCUGCUGGACCAGGCAAAGAUGGAGCACAUCUGGCGCACCCAGAAGAGGCACGUGAAGUGCAUCCAGGAUGUGCCAGGUGUACUCCUGUACACGGAGACAGGCAGCUCCACCAGGGAGGGGAUCCAGCUGACCACGUACAGGUGUGCAAGAGGCUCCACCUCCUUGGAGUCCUUCCACUGCCACCUGAACAGGUUUAUUCCAGGAACGAGUGCAAACCUGCUCAACUUCCAGCUGUACCUCCUGGAAGGCCUGAACAGGUGGAACCAAAACCGGGCAGCGGCCUCCAUCACCACCAAGCGCAUGGCGCUGUUGACGUACGCGGGGGACGUGCUGGAGUCCGUCAACAGCAACAGCCUGAAGGUUUUUGGAAGGAAGUAUGUCCCCUCCUUCAUCCCGCCGAGAAAGUACACCGGUCGCACACCAGCAGAGCAGAUACAGGUGUCGGCUGGUGUCUCUGGGGUAGAGAUGGACUCUUCCGGUGUCUCUGGGGUAGAGAUGCCUGUGGCAGGCUACCAGGUGACCCUGCUGGACCUGCCCGGGGAUCCUAGUCUCAGGGCCCUGUGGGAAGACUAUUACCCCCGGUGCCAUGCCCUGGUGUUUGUGAAGUCUUCUGCCAUGCCUGACUGUCACAAGUCACUGGGCAUGAAGGCCAUCCAAUGUGGACUACGCGGGCUACUGCGAAAGGUCUCUCGAGAUUACCAGGUCCUUUGUAGACGUGUUGAGUACGACACAGCGCACAUCAGGGCCAUGGAUGAGGAGACAAGGAGAUGGUCAAAGAGACUUGUGAUCAAAGAAGAGCCGGAAGGAAAAGGGGGAAUGAAAGGAGAGGUUUCGGAGGGAAGCGAGAGAGCCUCCGUCACUGCCUCUCUGGAGAGCUGCACGGAGGAACGACCACCUCAGACACUUCACGUACUGAAGCCAGCAGCUCGCAAAGUCCACUUCAAAUCCUCUACUGCCCAAAGCUCAAAGGCCUUUGAGUUUGAACAGGUCACACUGCCCGGUACCCCGAUCGACGGCAAAGUUGUUGUCAACAGUUGUCCGAUCGUGAGAUGCACGAGGUUCGACACGGGAGACGACAAUGACCUUCCGGAGAAGUCCGUUGAUGGAAGCAGACCGGACUUGUCCAUAAGCCUCCAGGACCAGCUCAACACCCUCAUGACUGCAUAUGACAAGCUGCUGCUUCAACAGGAAGAGGAAAAAUACAGGAAGACUAAGGAUGGCCAACCUGAGAUCACACAGACGUCUUCACACAAGGACUUCAUCCGUAAGUCCACUGCUGUGUCCCCCAACACGGUGUGUCCACCUGGGUCCCAGUCAGACACAGGCUCCCAGCUCCAGGAGGAAUCUACCAAACGCUCCGUGUUCGCAAAGGCCUUUUCCUCCUUCAGGAAAGGCCUGUGCAACAUCUUCAAGAGGAAGAAUAGAAUCCUCCCUUGCACAAUUUGA